AUGGCGAAGGACAAGACGAAGGUGUUCACGAAGAUGUACUCGCCCGUGCCGAACGGGGAACAGUUCGCUGGAGGAGCGGAAAGCAAGGGUGGGAGUGCUAACAUCGACUAUGCUGACAACAGUGAAGACGACAGCGAUGACUCUGAAGAUCGCGAAGCAGUCGAUUCGCCUCCAUGUUCCGAGCGCCACACCAAGCAGACUCAAAAUCCGGCGGCUGGCCAGAGCAAGGCUGCGAUGUCGAGUGCCAGGAUCCAGAAGCGCACUUGGACGCCAACUCCCGACCUGACUGAAAAAACUGCCAAGCAAGCCAAGAUUGCUCCGCCCAAGCCACGGAUGGCCCUACCCAGGAUAAAGGUCAUCGUGCCUAUUUCUUCAAUGGCUGCUACCUCCACGACGUCCCACAUGGAGGUCGACACAAGCAUGCAGACACAGAGACUGUGGACACAACCACUUCUCGGGCAGACAGGAGCCGACAAGGAAGCUAUGAUUCAAGCUGACCUGAUGAUGCAGCGACUGAAGGAGGUGUAUGAAGCCAGCAAGUCUGCUUAUGACACCAGUUCUGCUCUUCAAGCCAAUGUCCGAUACGUUGCCCUAGAGAAGGAGAAGAUCCAGCUCCAACUGGACUUAGAGCUCACCAAGAAGAACUUGAAGCAAGCUCAAGAGGAGGUGAAGACCAUGGGAGGUAACAUUUCGCUGACUACGGUUAUUGAGGAGCUGAAGAAGGAAGCUGCCCAACUUAAGGAGGAAAAGACCGUGUUGGCUGACAAAGUGGACCAGCUCACCCAGAAGAGGGACGAUCUAGAGAAAUAUUUGGGGGGCUUUGCAAAGAAGAUGUACGGCAUGCUGGAAGAGUUUUGCCAGAACUUUGGAGAGGAGACAGACCAGAUCGAGAUGAGUUUAGGCCCCCACCAAGUCACUCAUGAAGGACGUAGUGGCUCUGAACAUGUUGCGCCUCGAAGCUCAUCUCGAAGAUUGAGGGGCACGGACCCCGGCGACCGCGCCGCCCCGCGCUCGGACGCCGACGCCCAUCCCAGCGCUGCCCCUCGCCCUCCUCCCCGGAGCCCCUCUCGCCGCGACGCCCCCGCCUCUGCGCCGACCUUGGUGAACGCCGUCGGCACCGCGCCGUUCGCCACCGUCCUCCUCAUCCCGCUGGACCACCGGCCACCCGAGCCCACUGCCAUCCCCGUCCGGCUCCCGGUGAGCCGCGCCUGCCUUCCCCCUCUCGAAAACCCCCUCCCGCGCUCGCUGCGUCCAGCGUGCUCGGCCAUGCUUGCCGCCCUCCGACCCCGCGCUCGCCGCGGCCAGGCCGCGCCUUGGCCGCGCCCGGUGCCCGCUUUGGCCACGCCCACCAUGCGCCUUGUUGCCAGCCGCGCCGCGUCGACCGCGCCCGUCCGUGCCCACCCUUGCUGCGCCGCUCGUCGCCUCGCCGCGCUCGCCGCCGCCUCGCGUACGCUCUCGCGCCAACCGCUGCCUCCCGCUACUGCCGCGCCGCCUCGCUCCCCACCUCGUCGCAUGGCCGCGCCCGCGCCGUCCUUGCCCCGCCGCGGCUCCCGCUCUGCUCCGGCCAUGCCACCACCUCCAGCCGACGCCGUAGCCGCCCCGCUCGCCGGCCUCUCUGCUCUGCUGCCCACCGCCCGCGUCGCCACAGCCAUUGCUUGCCCCGGCCAUCCCUCCAACGCCUCCCCUGGCCCUGGCCGCCGGCGCCGGCGUGCGCUAUCAAGGGGCACGGACCCCGACGACCGCGCCGCCCCUCACUCGGACGCCGACGCCCAUCCCGGCGCCGCCCCUCGCCCUCCACCCCGGAGCCCCUCUCGCCGCGACGCCCCCGCCUCUGGGCCGACCUUGGUGAACGCCGCCGGCGCCGCGCCGUUCGCCACCGUCCUCCUCAUCCUGCUGCCCCACCGGCCACCCGAGCCCACUGCCAUCCACGUCCGGCUCCCGGCUAAUGAUCCAUUUCGGAAGAGGAAAACGCAGGAUAAGCCGGCAAAACCGGCUCGUGUCAAAACCAAGGCCACCAAGAAGUCUACCAAGAAGACUACUGAAUCUGCUGACGAUAAUGAGAAUAAUGAGACGACGCAGAGGCCAGCUGUGCAGGUGACGCAGAGGGGCCAGGCCAAGCCUAGCAAGAAAGCGAAACUAAAUAAGCCGGCCGACGAUCUCAAUCUGUCUGAGCCGGAAAAACAACAGCCAGAACUUGCUAGCCCAAUUACUGAUGCCACCCUUAAUGGUCCUGCACCACAAGAUCAUGGAGUUUCUCUAGAUGAUAUGGAUGUUGAGCCGGUUCUCUCUAUGUCGCCAGGCCUAAUUAAGCCUGCUGAGGAGAAGAUUGAUGACGUUAUUGUCACCGGCGUUGGAUUCACAGCUCCGGGUCAACCAACUGUCUUAUCCCAGCACAGCGCAAAAGAAGAAAUUUCUGCUGAAGAUAAAGGCAAAUGGAAAACGGACUUGGAGAGCUAUACUCAUUUCAGUGCUCAAGAUCUCCACUCUGGUUAUUUAAACCGUCUGUACACCAGCCGUGACUUUGAAGCCGGCUUAGUGAACCCGAUGAAGGAGCGCUAUGAGACUGAGCUUAGCAGUAAAGAAUCCCAAGUCGCUGACCUUCAGGAGAACAUUAAAUCUCAACAAGCAGAAACCUCCAAGGCCAAGGAUGAAUUAACUAGUGCCUUAGCAGUGAUGGAGAAACUGAAGGAAAGCUUCAAGGCUCAACAAGCGGGUUGGGAUACAGAGAAGCCAGCCCUGCUGAAGAGAGCCGAGGAUGCUAAGGCGGCCCUUAAGCCGGUAUCUGCAGAGCUCGCCGGCUUAAGACAGCAAAUCAAUGCCAUGACCACUGCUGUUUUUGGAUCCCGGGUUACCCAUCUUGGCUCAGACAUGCGGAAAAAACUUAAAGCUGCUUAUACGCUCAUAGAACAGCUAUAUACUGGCGCACAGCGGGUUAUCUGCACAACUACUCACAACAAACCGGCUCCAACCCUUAUCAAGGAUACGUUGGAUAAACUAUCUAUGCUGCCUGCACGGAUUGAAGAGUUGAAGAAAUCAGCUGCAAGAGCCGGUGCCCUUACCGCACUAACCCGGGCCAAAGCGUGGCUAGUUGAUCUUGACCCGGCCGACCUAGCAAACGGCUUUCCAAGCAUAAAAGAGGAUGGGUCACCCUUCACUGCAGAUGACUUCGCCGCCCUUACAAGAGAAAUGCGUUCUUUGUCUAGCAAACUGGUUGAAGAUACUGAUCUUACACAUUACCAACCGGUUUAUGAUGCCAACAAUAAGAAGGUGAAGGCGCCGACUCAUGAUGCUUCAGACCUGACUCGUCUGAUCCGUAAGCACACUUAUGCCCCUGACGUUGACCCAUCCACACUUAUAAGUAAUGAAGUUGUAUUCAGAGCUUUAACUGGGAUCGACUGGUCGACCACUGACUUCUAG